CAUCAUCAUGAGCAUGUCAGUAUAUAUAACAGUGUGUAUAUUUAAAUAUAAAGACGUCGUCGUCGAUUUUGCUUCUCCUUAUAAUAUUCCCUGCAAUGAACCUGAUCAUAUUUCUCAUCUGUUUAUAUCCAGUUAAUGCUGAGAUAAUCAAGAUUCCAUUGCGUCCAGCGACUGGAAUCAGUUCAAUCCUGAAUCCCUAUCGAAAACUGUUUAGGCUAUUACAAAGAAGCUGGGCGAAUUUACUGAAUGGCGGAGCUACACCAACAUCAGAACACCUGUACAAUUAUCAAAUAUUCAGUACUACGGAGAAGUGCUUGUAGGAACUCCACCACAAACGUUUCGUGUACUCUUCGACACAGGAUCAACCGACGCCUGGUUCCCCUCAAGAAAAUGUUGGUUUCUUGAUAUUCCCUGUUGGUUCAUUCGAUUUUAUGACAGUUCGAAGUCGUCUACUUAUCAGCGAAAUGGCACAAGUUUUGAAGUCAAUUAUUUGGACAGUAGUUUUGAUGGAUUUUGGAGCAUGGAUACAAUACAGAUAAACUCUUUAGUUAUUCGCAAUCAGGCAUUUGCAGAAGUCACUGAUGUAUUUUCCAGCAGUUUUUUCGGCAGUAAAUAUGAUGGAACAAUUGGUAUGUCAUGUGAAAAGUUAUCCGAAUACGGAAACACUCCUGUCUUUCCAAAUAUACUCGCUCAAGGAGUGAAGAUGGAUCCAAUAUUCUCAUUCUAUUUGAACGGGAAAGAUGGUGCUGUCGUUGGUGGAGAGAUGGUACUCGGUGGUGUUAAUACUGAGUAUUUUACCGGAGAGUUUGAAGUCUUACCCGUCGUUCUCAAAACAAGAUGGGCUGUUGCAAUGAAAAGCUUCACGAUAAAUGGAGUGGACUACUGCAAUUCAGCAUGUAUUAGUAUGAUAGAUACAGGGACAUCCUUGAUACUGGGAUCCAACGAUUUGGUGGAUGAGAUUAAUUCCAGACUUGGCGCCACGAAGAGUGGGAUGGAGAGUAUGUAUUCGACUGCAGUAUUAUUGACAAGCUCCCUCCAGUCGAGAUUGUCUUCGAGAGAAGGAAAUAUGUGCUUGAGGCGAAGGAUUACAUAGUCAAGGAUUCCAACCUGAUCUUUACACACUGUGUGUCGGCCAUCGCGAGUAAUGACAACAUACAUCCAGGAUUUUGGGUUCUUGGCGAUGCAUUCAUGAAGAAGUUUUAUACCGUAUUCGAUUUCGGUGGCAGAAAGAUAAGAUUGGCUGAUGUUAACGAUGGAUGACGCUUGUUGUACCACCACUACACUACCACGUAGUUUGCAAAGUAAUUUGAGGAAUUCUUAUUUGCACAAAUGAUUUCUCCUUCAAGAUAUUUUAGAAACUGGACAGAUGUGGUAAAUACAGCUUUCAACCUAGU